CCUUCAACCACAACCACAACAACCAAGAAGAGGACUACCUCCACCUCACCCCUUUACCACAAACACAAACACAAACACAAUAAUCGUCUAUUACGGCCAAGUCUCAUAAUGUCCAGUGGAUCCAAUUUCGUCCCAACCAACCAGUACCGGCAUUUACGGGCGUGUAUGGUCUGUUCAGUAGUUCAAACUCAGCAAAAAUUUAUUAAGGAUGGCUGCCCGAACUGCGAAGACUACCUGAACUUCCGCGGCCAACCUGACUUUGCCGACGAUUGCACCUCACCGGUUUUCGAGGGCCUUAUCACACUCCGCGACCCAAAAAACUCUUGGGUGGCUAAAUGGCAGAGACUUGACGGAUAUCGCAAGGGAGUUUAUGCGGUGAAAGUUAGCGGGAAUCUUCCAAUAGAGGCCCUCGAUAUGCUUGCUUCUCACAAUAUCGAGUACCGACCCCGCGAUGGAAGUGACGUUAACCAGGAUUGACCAAUCGGAUAUCUUCGAUGUUUUCUUUAUUCUAUGUCUACCAAUAAUCUGCCGGCGUGUGGAAAAAAGUUUGUCCUGAGACCCUCAGUUCUGUCGCACCCGAGAAGCUUAGUUGUUAGUGGCCACUCAAUGGGUAUCCGACCAGAUCUCGCCAUGUCACAGGAGCUCUAAGGUUUCUAGUUUAGGGGGAUUUAGCUGUUGGAGCAUUGCCUAUGUGCUAAUUUGCCGUGUGGGGGGCUUGAACAAAAAUCAAACCUGGUUGUGGGGGCCUCAGACAGACAUACAUACAGCGCCGUCAAGAUUUUUUUUUCUUCAUUCUCCUUUUCGGCCAUUGGUUGCUUACUACAAGGGGCCCCUCUGGGAUUCCCCUAACAGAUUUCUCGUUUAAUUUUCCCCCUCCACGUUAGAAAUAGAAAUCGCAAGUUGAAAA